AUGGCGCAUGCGAGAAUCCAAACCGCCUUGGGCAAGCACCACUACAACUUCAUCAAGAAGGUUGGAGAGGGCUCCUUCGGCGCUGCCAUCCUUUGCCAGCAUGACUCAGAGAAGGAUCGAGACACCAAGGCUAUCGUGAAGAUGAUCGACAUCAGUCGUGCCUCGAAGCAGGAGAAGGAUGACGCCCUCAAGGAAAGCAAGGUGCUCGCCUCCCUGAAGCAUCCCUACAUCGUGCGGUACAGGGAGAGCUUUCACGAGGACGGCUGGCUGUGCAUUGUGAUGGAUUACUGCGAGGGCGGUGAUCUUGCUGGCAAGAUCAAGAGCGCAAGGCAGUCGAGCAAGAUCUUCCCUCAAGACCAGGUUGUGAGAUGGUUCACCCAGGCGAUCCUUGCCCUCAAGUACAUUCAUGACCUCCACAUUCUUCAUAGAGACUUGAAGUCUGGAAAUUUCUUCUUGUCCAAGAGCGGCAACAUCAAGAUGGGCGACUUUGGCAUCGCCAAGGUCUUGGAGUGCACCGCAGCAUGCGCGCAGACGCAGAUCGGCACGCCAUACUAUCUCUCGCCAGAGAUUUGUCAAGGCAAGAAUUAUGCCUGGAGCUCUGAUAUUUGGAGCAUGGGCUGCAUUCUCUACGAGAUGUGUGCCAGGAAGGUGCCCUUUGACGCGCCCGACUUGAAAAGCCUCAUCCACAGGAUCACGAAGGAGCCUGCGCCAGAGAUCCCCUCCGACUAUGGUGUGGGCGUGCGGAACCUCGGCAAGGAGCUCCUGGAUAGGGAUCCUGGGAAGCGGCCCCCAGCGGCCGAGAUCUUGAAAAGGCCAGUCAUUCAAGACAUGGUCAGAAGGAUGCUGGAUGAAGUCAAAGAUGACUCCAAGGGUGAGGAGGACAAGGGCGAAAAAGUUGACAAGGAAAAGAGCGAGAAGGAGAAGGCAGACAAGCCCAGUCCGCCCAGCGCAGUGGCAGGUCCAUACGGCAGCGCGGCUGGCAAGUACAGCAAGGGAGAGCUGGUGGAGUACUACAGCGAGACCCACGGAGAGUGGUUGCCUGCCACAGUCACGGCGUCCAACGAUGAUGGCCGCGUCCAGUUGAACGUCAAGCCAGGUGUGUGGAUCUCUUUGGAGAUUCAGGGCGCCAAGGUGCGCCCUCGACAGGCAGCCUCCGCAGCCCCCGCCCCCGCAGCGAAUGGCAAGCCACCUGCAGGGGGUAGCCCUUCAGCGCGGGCGGAGAAGAGGCGUGUUCAGGCUUGCGCGCUGGCAGCCCCCGGCGGAAUCCCAGUAACGACCGGCGCGGGCGCACACCGCAGGGCCGGGCAGCGAGUCCAUCUGCAGCUGCUGGAAUGCCCUCUGCGCGGGGCAACAGUAGAGGACGAGGAGCUCUUCUCUGGCGUGCACGUGCCGGUGGUGUGCGGCCUUGCGCCCGAGUUGCGAAGUUUGGAGGCCAAAGUCGACGGCGAGACCCAGGAUGACUCCAUUCCUAUGUGGCAGUCUGCGGCCCGCGACGGACCAGUGCCUGUUUGGCGCCAUCAGCAGGUCCAAGAUGCAGUCCUGAAAUUCUGGGACCUUUGCAGGAAGGACGAGACCGGCAUCCCAGCGGGGGAGUUCCAUGGCAUCAUCUUGCGUUUCUUGCGCAUUUACCUGCCGGGCCUUUCCGAGGAACAGGAGCAGCGCCUUUGCGAGAACAGCUGGCAGGAGGCCUGCCAAGGCUGCGGAAGCCUGAAUUUCUCGAUCUUCUUCCGGGCCAUGGUACGCCUGGCUCAAUCCUGGAGCGACUCCAACGACCCUGAGGACUUCGCGGGGCUCUUGCAGGAACUGCUGAGCCGCAGCACGGCCUUCGAGUCUACGGACCUCAGUGGCCAGGUGCGCCGGGAGCCCCCGCAGCACAGGGUGCGCUUCCGCGCAGCCCAGCGUGGGGACGACCUGGGAGGCACUAGCGACUUCAGCGAGUGCCUGGAGCUGGUUUGCAGCGGAGACCUUGAUGCUGUCAAGGUGGAGGUUUUGUUGGACCAGGUACCCAAUGGCAUCAAUUACCACUCCUGCUUCUUCGAGGAGUUUGUGGCUCUACCGCAGACUGACCUGGCGCUACGCAGGGUGUGGCUGGAGGUGGCGGAGGUGUGGCCCCUGGGCUAUGCGGCGCUGAGGGCUCUGCAUCAGAUGGAGCGUCCGGAGAUGGUGCUGAACUGCUCCGGCAAAAAGGGCGAGACCAUCCAGGCCGUCCUUGAGUUGCUUCACAGAGACGAGGUGCUCUGCGAGGUCUCGCCGGAGCAGGUGGUCUGCGAAGGUCAGGCCUUCAGUGCCCAACAGUUCUUCGGGGCAGUGCAAAACGAUGGCAUGAUCAGCAGCAGCUUCUUGCUGAAACCUGACAGGAUGUCCUUCCUGCACAAACUCUCUAGCCUGCGGGAGAGCUUGCUGCUUCCGAGCAGCGCUCGUCUGGCGGCCGAGACAAUGGGCGCGGCCAAGCCACCACAGUGCUUACCCACCUUCCCAGACUUGCUCUCGGGCGCCUGGGUGGUGGAGCCUGCUGUGAACAGCACAGCCACGCCAGAGCAGCACGAGAGUCUCAUCGACUGCGGCUCUCUCAGUUCAGUGGCCGAGGCCUUCUUGGUGCACAAGGUGCUGCGCUUGCCCGGGCUGGACUCGGCGCUGGAGGAACCCGAGGUUCCGGAGGCGGCCAAGGCCAUCUACGACAGCUUCACGGCGCAGUUUCCGAAGGACGCGGAAGGCCUCAUCCCGAACGAUGAGGAUCUCAUAAACCUUGCCAGGACCUCCCCUCUCGCGCUAUGGGUAUUCGGCCAGUGCGACUCAGGUGCGUACAAGACGGAGGCGUGCCGGCGACUGGCGGACAAGCUGCAGCUGCAAUGGCUGCAGCCAGCUUAUGUGUUGGAGCUGGCCACGAAGACGCCGGCUGCGCACCGCAGCCCGCUGCAGCGGCGCUGCGUGGAACAGCUGCAGCGGGGGAUGACCGUAUCCGUGGGGGACGCAUUGAGGCUCACCAUGGAAAUGAUGUCCUCGGCGCUGUGCAAGGCCAACGGCUACAUCUUGGAUUUCCCUGCAGUGACCCAAGAGGAGUUGCCAGAGGUCCUGGAUUUCUUCGGGAAGGUGAAGGAGCUCUCUGGCAAGACUGAGGUGCCCUGGGGAGAGGUGUUGGAGGACACCGUGGAGCUGCCGGCGCUGGCGCCGGAGCCCGAGCCGCCCAAGCCGAAGGGGAAGGUGAGGCUGCGGAAGCAGCCGAGGCGCCGCGCCCGCGCCCAACUGCUGGGCCAACAUCUUGCCGAGGUGCGGCAGCGGCUCGAGACCAAAUAG